UGGACAACGUUGCAAACUUUGCUUCAAGAUAUUGAGUAAAAACAUGGCUAGGCAUUUGCGUUUGAAGCAUCCUAAAGUUUAUCAACAAAUGCAAGGUAGUUUGGAAAAGAGGAAAAAGCCAGCUUACGAGAGAACAAAGUCAUUAAGAUGUUGGGUAAAGAAAUACUGCAGCAAAAUUGGUAACACAAAGUACCAAUGCGAUAUAUGUGAUAAAGUAUUAAGUCUACCACACGGACUCUUUGGCAAUAUGAAGCGUCACAUUCGUAGCAAACAUCCUUAUGUUUAUGAUCAGGAAGUUAAUGAUUUGAUUGGUAUCAGAAUAGAAACUGUCGAUACCCUAGCUUCUGACACCAAAGAGUAUUUAGAAGACGUGGAAGAGUUUACAACAAAUAAAUCGGAAGAAGGAGGUGACGAGGACUCAGCACAAGAAGAAGCAGACUCCGAAUCAGAACAGGUUGAUAGUGGAACCGUGUUAAAUGAAACUGAUCCCAAUUUUGAAAAGAAAAUUAAAUAUUUUUGUACUAAACCUGUUUCGGGUAAAAAAAGAGCAUCGAAUCCUAUGUGGAAUUUCUUUGAAACGAUUGAGAAGAAUCAUUUGUACAUGUGCUUGGGUUGCAACAAACAGUUAUCGAUUUACCCCCAUAGUAUCGCUAAUUUGAAGCGACACAUUAAAAUGAAGCACAAGAAACAGUACGAAUACAUGAUGAAAUAUUUGACACCGCGCAAAAGUUGUAUUGAAACGAGACAAAAGUCAUACAGAUGUUGGGUUAAGAAAUACUGUAGCAAAAUUGGUGGCAGAAAGUACCAAUGCGAUAUAUGUGAUCAAAUACUAAGUCUACCACUCGGACUCUUUGGUAAUAUGAAGCGUCACAUUCGUAGCAAACAUCCUCAUGUUUAUGAUCAGGAAGUUAAUGAUUUGACUGGUAUCAUGAUAGAAACCGUAAAUACCCCAGCUUCUGACACCAAAGAGUAUUUAGAAGACGUGGAAGAGUUUACAACAAAUAAAUCCGAAGAAGGAGAUGACGAGGACUCAGCACAAAAAGAAGCUGACUCCGAAUUAGAACAGGUUGAUAGUGGAACCGUGUUAAAUGAAGCUGAUCCCAAUUUCGAAGAGAAAAUUAAAUAUUUUUGUACUAAACCUGUUUCGGGUAAAAAAAGAGCGUCAAAUCCUAUGUGGAAUUUCUUUGAAACGAUUGAGGCGAAUCAUUUGUACAUGUGCUUGGGUUGCAACAAACAGUUAUCAAUUUACCCCCAUAGUAUCGCUAAUUUGAAGCGACACAUUAAAAUGAAGCACAAGAAACAGUACGAAUACAUGAUGAAAUAUUUGACACCGCGCAAAAGUUGUAUUGAAAGUGGCGUGGAUUAGAAAUAUAUAGCCAUAUUGUAAAUAAUACACGUAUAAUAGCAGUAAACGAAAUUAUUUCUAUUGCUCUAAAAAGAAAGGCGGUUAUAAGGAUAGACUUAAACUCGGGUGGAGCGGUGAAAUUGUCUGUGGAAGCUUUUAACAUUCUCAUGCGCCAUCAAAGUAUCGUGUUACAAAAUCAGGACAUUAUGUUAAGGUUGGAUACUGAAAUUGCGAAUUAACCGUCGGCUGAGACCUAAGGAAAUGGUACAUGCCCCGUGUAUCCUCUGCUUUAUGCCACACUACACAUUUACAAUACACGUGUGAUACAUUAUUAUAUAAAAGCGACGAAUACAUGUACAUAAAUUUAAAUAAGUUGAAGACAAGAGGAGUAUCCGGCAUCAGAGUUUUUUAAAUGCAGAUCUUGAGAUUGGCUGACUAGAUGGAGGAGGCAGAUUAUUCCUGCAUUUAGGUGCCUGAUACCGGAAGCUACCCUCAAAGGUUCUGGUUUUAUGGAACGGCGUUAACAAUAAAGAACUAUUAACUCUGCGUGAAUUAUAGGAAUAAGUACGCCGUUUUAUCUUGGCAUAUAGACAAGGUGGACUUUUGUAUCUAACAACAGAGUGCAUCAAUGUAGAAAAAUGCAAAGUCCUUGUAGAUUCCAUAUUAAGAAUACCGUGUAGGCUUAGCACUGGUGUUAUGUGACUGUACAGUUCGACAUUUCUUCUAUUUAUCGAACACACAAUUCGUUACUGCCGGCUGGUCGAGCUCUUGGUAUGGCGCAUGCCGCAGCAUAAGCACACCCCAUAAUCUAAACCUGUCCACAUGCCGCCGACAGAGGGCGACCCCACAGCAGGUUGGAUAUAGUGCUCGUACAUUAUACAAGUAUAUUCUAAGAGUAAAGGAAUAUUGAUUACAUAAGCGUGACUUCGCAUUAGUCAUGUUCAGGAGAAAACAGGUUAUUUUUAAAAUCGUGGUCCAUAACGUGAUUAAACACACCCGCGACAGAGUUUCCCUAGUGCGGGGCUAUGUUCAGUGUGCGUUAUUAUCAUCAUUUUUUAUGUGUCAUAUUUGCUUAUUCUUUCAUUUUACUAGUUGUACUUACGCCACAAAUUAUCAUCCUUUUAUUAGUAUUAUUAUAUUAUCACUUUUUGUAAUAGCUUACAAUAUUUGUAAAACUUGAUGUUUGUAAUUUAUUUACAUUGCAACUGCGUUUUCAAACACGAUUUUAUCAGGCUGGGUGAGAGCCUGGAUAUCUGUCACACAGGUUAGUUCCUAGUAUAGACUCCAAUCUCUUACAAAGGUACUCUAAUACUUAAGCAUUUUCAUAUAAAUUACAUUAUAAAACUUUGUACCCUUUGUAAAGAUUAUUAUUAUUAUUACGUUAUUUUGAGUAAUCAUCAUCGUGUUUUAUCAAAUUUUAAUUACGAAAUGUUAAAAAUCUUGAUAAAAUAAAUAUUUAGUUUAUUGUUUUUGUGAACUCAUAUUAUUUUAAGUCGAUAUGUGACCAAAUCCUGUUAAAGAACUCGAAAGACGAAUAAACGACUACCUUUUCUAGU